UGCAAACAUGGUUGUUAUUUUGUUAACCAAUCUCCAUUAGGUUCAAUUUUCAAAUGAGGGCAACGUUUAAGACUAUCUUUUCUUUCUUUGUUUGCAGUCCUUUUUACUCAUUCACCGUUUGCUUAGUUUCCCUAUUUUAAUAUGAUAUAUGGUUUUUGUCUUUGUUCCUGCGAAGCUUGAUUAUUUUCUUCUCUCCCAUGCACAUUGAAUUUAAUAGUAUAUCAUGUUAGAGUGAUAUUAUUCUGCUCAGUUGUUGUUCCUGAAAAAAUGCAAUGGUCUUUUUGAACUUAAAUUCAAUCUGAACUCUUAUGGAUAUUGAUGCCUUUACUGGGAUCAGGUCGGUUCUAUGCCUUUGAAAAAGCUCACAGACUAGAUCCAACAUCAAGUGGGCGUGGAGUUCGCCAAUUCAAAACUGCCCUUCUUCAACGCUUAGAAAGGGAAAAUGAAACAACAUUAGCGGGAAGGACAAAAAGUGAUGCUCGUGAAAUGCAGAGUUUUUAUCAGCAUUACUACAACAAAUAUAUCCAGGCUUUGCAGAAUGCCGCUGAUAAAGCAGAUCGUGCUCGGCUUACAAAAGCAUAUCAAACUGCUGCUGUUCUGUUUGACGUUUUGAAGGCUGUUAAUCUGACAGAAUCUGUUGAAUUGGCGGAUGAGGUUUUGCAAACUCAGAAAAAAGUUGCAGAAAAGACAGAGAUAUAUGUGCCUUAUAAUAUACUGCCUCUUGAUCCUGACAGCUCAAAUCAAGCGAUUAUGAAAUACCCUGAGAUUCAAGCUUCUGUUUCUGCUCUUCGAAACAACAGGGGUCUGCCAUGGCCCAAGGGGCACAAGAAGAAAGUAGAUGAAGACAUUCUAGACUGGCUUCAAGCUAUGUUUGGAUUUCAGAAGGAUAAUGUAGCAAAUCAAAGGGAGCACUUAAUUUUGUUGCUGGCGAAUGUGCACAUUCGAAAAUCUCCAAAGCCUGAUCAGCAACCUAGGUUGGAUGACCGUGCACUUACAGAAGUUAUGAAGAAACUUUUCAAAAACUACAAAAAAUGGUGCAAGUUUUUGCGUCGCAAAAGUAGUCUUUGGUUGCCAACUAUUCAACAGGAAGUGCAGCAACGGAAAUUACUGUACAUGGCGCUAUAUCUUCUCAUAUGGGGGGAAGCUGCUAACUUGAGAUUUAUGCCAGAAUGCCUAUGCUAUAUUUAUCAUCACGUAUGCAAUAAGAUGCUUCUCUUUCCUUUCAAUAUGGAAAACCUGUAUAUAGUAUUACCUUUCCCCUUUUAUGAUUCCCUAUAAAAUUUUGAUAGUUGUCAUGGCCUUA